GCCUGUGGUGGAGCCCGCCUGCUCGGUUAGGACCUCGGAGAGCGCCUGGCGCCGCGACCUGAGGGAUCGGAGAAGCGGCCGCAGCUCGGCCGGACCAACGCCUGCGAGCUCACCGCCCUACACGCCUUCAGCUUCCCGGGCUGGCAGGCGGCUAGUGGCGUCUGAGGAAGUGUUUAAAAUGAAGAAGUUUAAUUUCCGAAAAGUUUUGGAUGGCUUAACUGCCUCCUCCCCUGGCAGUGGUAGCAGCAGUGGCAGUAACAGUGGUGGUGGGGCUGGAAGUGGUUCCCUGCAUCCAGGAGCAACUGCAGGGAUUCUUAGAGAGGAGAUUCAGGAGACCCUGACUUCAGAGUUUUUCCAGAUUUGCAAGACUGUUCGGCAUGGUUUUCCUUAUCAGCCCACAUCAUUGGCCUUUGAUCCAGUUCAGAAAAUCUUAGCUAUUGGAACAAGGACAGGUGCUAUACGAAUACUUGGGAGACCUGGUGUUGAUUGUUAUUGCCAACAUGAAAGUGGUGCAGCUGUCUUGCAGCUACAAUUCUUGAUCAAUGAGGGUGCUUUGGUCAGUGCAAGUUCAGAUGAUACACUUCAUUUGUGGAACCUUAGACAAAAAAGACCAGCUAUUCUUCAUUCUCUUAAAUUUAACCGAGAACGAAUUACUUACUGUCAUCUACCUUUCCAGAGUAAGUGGCUCUAUGUUGGAACAGAAAGAGGAAAUACACAUAUUGUAAAUAUUGAAUCUUUCAUUCUUUCUGGAUAUGUUAUCAUGUGGAACAAGGCAAUUGAACUGUCCACCAAGACUCAUCCAGGUCCUGUUGUACAUUUAAGUGAUAGCCCAAGAGAUGAAGGCAAACUGCUAAUAGGUUAUGAAAAUGGUACUGUAGUAUUCUGGGACUUGAAAUCUAAAAGAGCAGAACUGAGAGUUUAUUAUGAUGAGGCAAUUCAUUCAAUUGAUUGGCAUCAUGAGGGCAAACAGUUCAUGUGUAGCCAUUCAGACGGUAGCUUGACCUUAUGGAACCUAAAAAGUCCAAGUCGUCCUUUCCAGACCACAAUUCCACAUGGAAAAAGUCAAAGAGAAGGAAGAAAAUCUGAAUCUUGUAAACCAAUUCUUAAAGUAGAAUACAAGACCUGCAGAAACAGUGAACCAUUCAUAAUAUUCUCUGGUGGGCUGUCCUAUGACAAAGCUUGCAGAAGACCAAGUUUAACCAUCAUGCAUGGAAAAGCAAUUACAGUACUUGAAAUGGAUCAUCCUAUUGUUGAAUUUCUAACUUUAUGUGAAACACCCUAUCCAAAUGAAUUUCAAGAACCCUAUGCUGUCGUCGUACUUCUGGAGAAAGAUCUCAUUGUAGUUGAUCUGACACAAAGCAAUUUUCCUAUCUUUGAAAAUCCAUAUCCCAUGGACAUUCAUGAAUCACCAGUUACAUGCACAGCAUAUUUUGCCGAUUGCCCUCCAGACUUGAUUUUAGUACUUUAUUCUAUAGGAGUCAAGCAUAAAAAACAAGGAUACAGUAAUAAGGAGUGGCCAAUCAGUGGAGGAGCUUGGAACCUUGGAGCACAAACAUAUCCAGAAAUUAUUGUCACUGGUCAUGCAGAUGGAUCAAUAAAAUUUUGGGAUGCUUCUGCAAUAACUCUGCAGAUGUUGUACAAGCUAAAAACUUCAAAAGUCUUUGAAAAACAGAAGGCAGGAGAAGGCAAACAAACAUGUGAAAUUGUAGAGGAAGAUCCAUAUGCCAUUCAGAUGAUUUACUGGUGUCCAGAGAGCAGAAUAUUUUGUGUAUCAGGAGUCUCUGCCUAUGUCAUAAUUUAUAAAUUCAGCAGACAUGAAAUUACAACAGAAAUAGUGUCAUUAGAGGUACGACUUCAGUAUGAUGUGGAAGAUAUUAUUACUCCUGAACCAGAAACAAGUCCUCCAUUUCCAGAUCUCUCAACCCAGCUUCCUCCUUCAAGGAGUCUUUCAGGGAGCACUAACACCGUGGCUAGCGAAGGAGUCACAAAGGACAGUAUCCCAUGCCUCAACGUUAAGACACGACCAGUUCGAAUGCCUCCAGGAUAUCAAGCAGAACUUGUUAUUCAGUUGGUGUGGGUAGAUGGUGAGCCUCCUCAACAGAUUACUAGUCUUGCUGUAAACUCAGCAUAUGGAAUAGUUGCCUUUGGAAACUGCAAUGGGUUGGCUGUGGUGGAUUUUAUACAGAAGACAGUUCUGUUAAGCAUGGGGACCAUUGACCUUUAUAGAUCAAGUGACCUGUAUCAGAGACAACCACGUUCUCCUCGAAAGAACAAGCAGAUCAUUGCAGAUUCUGGUAUGAUAUCACUUCCUUUCACUUUAGACUAUUCUUCUUUCUUUCCCCUGCCUGCUGCUGAUGCUGGUGUUCUGGCAUGUUCCAAAGACAACUUUUGCAUGCGUGGCCUGUCUAACUUUUAUCCUGAUUUAACGAAACGGAUCCGUACUUCUUAUCAGAGUUUAACUGAGUUGAAUGAUAGUCCAGUUCCACUGGAACUUGAGCGUUGCAAGUCUCCCACUUCAGGACUUGCUACCAGAACUCCUGAGGCAGCAGCAGGCUUUUAUAGGAAUGAAAUACCAGCUGUGAGACAGAGGAAUCAAGUACAUCACUUGCCAGGUGAAGUUAAAGGAUCAAGAAAGUUAAGUCUGCCAACAGAUCUUAAAGCUGAUCUUGACCAUGUAAAUGGACAUUGCACAAGUCCAACUUCUCAGAGUUGCAGUUCUGGAAAACGUCUUUCUAGUGCUGAUGUUUCAAAAAUAAAUCGGUGGGGUCCUGCAAGACCUCCAUUUCGAAAGGCUCAGUCAGCUGCUUGCAUGGAGAUUUCUUUACCAGUAACAACAGAAGAAAACCGAGAGAAUUCAUAUAAUCGUUCCAGAAGCUCUAGUAUCUCCAGUAUUGACAAAGAUUCUAAAGAAGCAAUUACAGCUUUAUACUUCAUGGAAUCCUUUGCACGGAAAAAUGACUCUACUGUCUCUCCUUGUCUGUUUGUUGGAACCAGUCUGGGAAUGGUAUUAAUCAUCUCCCUAAACCUACCAUCAGCAGAUGAACAGAGGUUUACAGAGCCAGUUGUGGUAUUGUCAAGUGGUACAUUCCUCUCAUUGAAAGGAGCUGUACUAACAUUUUCCUGUAUGGACCGAACUGGCGGAUUAAUGCAACCUCCAUAUGAAGUUUGGAGGGAUCCAAAUACCAUAGAUGAAAAUGAAAAAACUUGGAGAAGGAAAUUGGUCAUGAACUACUCCUCUUCAUCCCAAGAAAUAGGAGAUCAUCAGUAUACAAUAAUUUGCUCAGAAAAACAAGCCAAAGUCUUCUCACUGCCUUCUCAGACUUGCCUUUAUGUUCAUAACAUCACCGAGACAUCUUUUAUACUGCAAGCAAAUGUGGUGGUCAUGUGCAACAGUGCCUGCUUGGCGUGCUUUUGUGCUAAUGGGCAUAUCAUGAUAAUGAGUCUACCUAGUCUUCGCCCAAUGUUGGAUGUUAAUUAUUUGCCACUGACAGACAUGAGGAUAGCACGGACAUUUUGUUUUACCAAUGAAGGACAGGCUUUGUAUCUUGUCUCUCCUACUGAAAUUCAGCGGUUAACAUACAGCCAGGAAAUGUGUGAUAAUCUACAGGACAUGCUAGGAGAUUUGUUUACUCCUAUAGAGACACCAGAAGCUCAGAAUAGAGGCUUUCUUAAGGGACUGUUCGGUGGAAGUGGACAAACAUUUGACAGAGAAGAGCUCUUUGGGGAAGCUACAGCAGGAAAAGCAUCUCGCAGCCUUGCCCAGCACAUUCCUGGACCAGGUGGUAUAGAAGGGAUGAAAGGCGCUGCUGGAGGUGUCAUGGGAGAGCUGACCCGCGCCCGGAUUGCACUUGAUGAGAGAGGACAGAGACUAGGCGAGCUGGAAGAGAAGACUGCAGGCAUGAUGACCAGCGCAGAAGCAUUUUCCAAACAUGCGCACGAGUUAAUGCUGAAAUAUAAGGAUAAGAAAUGGUACCAAUUCUGAACUCCCUAAGAAGAGCUGUGCCUGCUUUGAGAAACCAUUAUUCAGGGAAACCAAAUUUAUUCCCAGCAUCACUAUUCAACUGCUAGAAGCCAGUUUCUUCUAUAAAAUGUUCCAUCACAAUCCAUCUGAAGUUAUCAUAAAGGAGACUUAUCAAAGACGCUGUACAACCCAAAGGCUGGAACCCUGGUUAAAAAUCCCAAGAUAACGGCUGAAUUUGUCUUUUCCCAUGUGGAAUGGAGCUAUCAUCUUAGCAUGUAAUUUGCUAAGGAUUUACAUUUAGGAACUACGGGAAGUCCUUUUGAUUUGAAAAUUCCUGUACAAACAAAAGCAUUAAUGCACUUAAUGAAAAAAAAUCUUUGCAUGAUAAAUUAACAUCUUAAGAGGAAAAGAAAAAAAGCAUGUUGUGACAGAAGAAAAAAAGAAUUAUGGUAAACUAUUUUUAUAAAUUGGGCCACACCCAACAAUUUAAAAGUCUGCAUUAGAAGACAUUAAUGCAUUUCAAGUAUAUUUGCCAUACCCAACUGAAAAGGAAAACAAAAGCCCAGAGUUCUCAUCUGUAAUUUUCAUUUUACUAGGACAUUAUUGAAUUCUAUGACAGGUAUCGGAUUAACAUUUUUCUCCCUCUUGGUAUUUUACAUCAUUCACAAUUAUUAGUCAUAAUCAAGUAUUAUCAGUAUAGUAAAUUAUUCCCAACACAAUUAUUUCCGUUUCUGUCACCUUCAGAAUGGGUUGUAUUUUUAGUCAUAAACCAUAUAGGGUUGGGUUUCCUUAAAGCAUUUUUUUUCAGCCUGACUUGUACUCUGCAGGGGAGUUGAUGACAGGUUUAGGGAAUAGACUAUGGGAACAAUGCAGUUAGCUUUGAGAACUGAUUUCACAAAGGGUAAAAUCUCACACACUCCAAUUUCAGUUUCUAAAGUGAUAUAUUUUUAAAGCUCCAUUUGUAUCCUUGUCUGUCAGUUACACAGUAUAUUACUGUUCAAACCCAGUAGGGUCUACAAUCCAAGGUGCUUUUGCAGCCUGACUUUCACAGACCAAACUGGUCAUUCUCAUUAGUGUGAUUCAGUAAAACCUCAGUUAAUGUUUUGAGAAAGAGAUUCUGAUUUAUUACAUUUCUGGUUAAUAAGGGCUUUCAUUAGAAAAUACUUUUUGGUUCAAUAUGAUUAAUGAAAAUCUUUUUAAAAUAUAGUGAUAUUUUUGCAGUCUUGGCCUCAGUCAUCAUUAUGAACAACAAAAUACAUAUCAAUAAUCAACAAUUUUGUCACUAAUAAGGUCAACUAAGAUAAGUUACCUGAUUAAGCUAAUAAACACCAGACACCUAUUGGUUAUUAAAAACUCUCAAUGGAGCAAAGAAUAUACUUAACAUGAUAAAAGUUCUCAAUCAUGAUUCAACAGAGAAGUACUAGAGAUAAAACAAAAUAAAGACACUAGCCAUCACUAACAUGAUUCUGGAAGUCAAAAGUCAUGGGAGUAUACACACACACACACACACACACACACACACACACACUUUAGGACCCAUCUUAUAAUUUAUAUUUUGUUCCUUCAAAAAGAAUCUUUUUAAAAAUAUUAUAGAUUUGCUUGUUGGGUUUUUACUUAUCAGUGUCUUACUGAUUUACAUUUCUGUUUAAGAAUUUACCAUUUUCCUGGAGUUCAGUAUAUUUUAAGCCAAAACUAGUAUUUGUUUAGUUUUUUUGCUUAGAAGUGGUGCUUCCUUUAAAAUAUUCUCCAUGGUUUUGAAAAGAGCAAAGAUUAUUGAAAGAGUCAGAAAAUGUAUACUAGGAUAGCAUUUCUCAGAAUCCUUGAAUUCUCCUGAUUUCAUAAAAAAAAAAAGCCUCUCCAUUAAUCUCUCAAACUCCUAUAAUAGCCAUAGGGUAACAAAACCUAGCUUGGAAAUAUAGAUAUAACACAUAAAAUGAUAAAGUGAAAAUAUAAAGAAACUUGAGGUGAGGAUCUGGAAAAUAUUGGCACCAAAUUGCAACACACUGUAUGUACCGUCAGUUUCAAAGACCCAGUUUUCUGUUUUUUUCUAGACAAGCACUUUAUCAUUUAUACAUUUUAAAAAUAAAAGAGUGACAUAUUUAUUUUAGGAAUGAAUAAAACACUAAGUUCAUAGCAGCAUUAAAUUAAAGAAUAUCACUGAAAUUCCCAGUAAGAUCCAACUCGUUCUGUGCUGGGGCUAUAGCUUAGAGGCAGAGCACUUUUUGACUAUAAAUAAGGGCCUCAGUUCAAACUCCAGCAAACUCGUGCGCACUAGCGCACACACACACGAUUUAACCUGUUGUAUAUCAGGGUUUCUCAACAGCAGCACUAUUAGCACAAAAUUCUUUCUUUUGGGGGAACUGUCCUGUGUAUUAUAGGAUUUUUGCAACCCUGUUACCAGUAAGAACUCCUAGUAAUGGCAAUCAAAAAUGUCUCCUGCCAUUGCCAAAAUUGCUCCAAGUUGAGAGCCACUAUUAUACAUCAUUUAAAGAAACAGAUGGUGAAAUAUGUGAUAUAUGUCUCAUAUAAAAAUGAAUUUCAUAAGUACAUAUUGUCUUAGCAAGGUAAAUUAUUAUGCCCAAAAUUACAUAUGUGGUUCAUAAGCAAUAAAAUACAAUUUUGAGGAACGCUUUAUGAAUCAUUGAAAAAAUAUAGCAUAUUUUAAAGCACACUAAGAAAAUAUCAAAAAGGACACUGUAGCAUUUCACAAUAGAAGUGCUUAAAACACUAGCUUCAUUAAAUAGAUCAAAAGUUUAUAUAAUUAGCACAUCCUUUGGAAGUAAACAGGUACUUCUAUUUACUGAAGUGCUUAAAAAGACCAGAUUCUUCUAAGUAGUUUACAUGUCCUUACAAAAUUGUUUUUAUAAGCCCUUUCUUAAUGCAAGGUAACUUUAUCCCAGAAGCUCCUGACUAGUAGAAUUCAAUUAAUGAGGUUUUACUGUAUCAAAAUUAUUUUGUAAUUCAAAGAGACAGCAAUAACAAGAAUCUAGUAUGGAUGUGAUUUUUCUCUUUGAACAUUUGUGUUCUGUUGCACUGACCUUGGCAUACACACACACACACACACACACACACACACACAAACAAUGCGCGCACAUGCACUCACCACCACCAUCUCAUCAUUAUCAUCAUCUUAGGAAAAUGAGUACAGUUGAUCCAUGUAAUUUUUUGCAUCUUCUCUGCUUUCCUGUGUCUUGGAACUUAAGAAAAAUAUUCCUAGUAACUAAUACAAAGAUACAGAAGAUGACCCUGAGCCUUGGUUACCAUCAAAAUUGAAAACUGCAUUGUAUCUGCUAAGGUAGCGUCAGAAGAUAAGACUAAACAAACUACAGUCUUGACAAGUUGACUUUACCUUCCUAUGACUUCCUCAAGACAUAAACCCUUUUUAGUGUUCCAGCAGAAAAUGAGCCUUUCCAUUCUAUUUGUCAAUGAGAAGAUGGAAGUAUUUGUUUCCCAGUUCUAAGAAUAAUGUGAGCAAUAAUCCCUACCGUGUAAAUUUUCCAUUUUUCUUGCACUUUGGAGGAAGAAUGAAUGAUUUAUCAUUUACUUUAAUCCCCUUUAAAAACAGUACUGCUGACUUUGUUUCCUUCAUUGAGCUCCAGACACCAUCAGGGUCACUUUGGCUUUGGUAGGACAGUGACAGAGCUAAGCGAGAUGUUUUCAAGUAAUUCAGUCAUAAAGACAAUCUUUUUCAAUCUAUCGGAAUUGAUUCUCAUUAAGUCAAAUCCAGGCCUAGGCCUGUACCCACAAAAUUUUUAAAGAAUCAAAGGGAAAAAAAUCCUUUUUAUAUAGUACAUAUAUGCAGUUUUAAAGGUACCCAUUAUCUACAUAACUCUGGGAGAGAAAAGAGUAAGAAUAGAUCUGAAAUUAGUUGAAGAUUAAAGUAGGUUAUUUAACAUAUUUGACCAUAAAAUGUUUGGACUGAGGAAAAGAUGAAAUUGGUUGGAAAAGUAAAUGAAAAAUCAUCUCUUUGGUUUAGGAUUAUUGGGACAACCCAGAGUAUAUCUAAAUGACCACAAGCUGCCCCAUAGGAAAAAAGAAUACUAUGCCCUGAACACAUUGAUUCGGAGAGGACAAUGCCCAAAGGAGUCAGCAGGUCAUAUCAGGUCUUGCUCUCUGCAUUAGGAGAAAUGUGAUAGCCUUCACAGCUUCUUCACCUGUCUUCAUCACCCAACUCCAUUUUUAGAUGGGUACCAUUUCAUGUGCACAGUGCUCUAAGUGUCACAAAUAGUGGUCAUGGGCUUAGAUUGAGCACCAUCUCAACAUGUACCAUUCCAGAGGGCAUCGUUGUCAACAGAAUGAGUUAAGUGUGCAUAUUUGCAAACCACAUAGCCCUGAGUGGAAGAAAUUCAGGGUAGGUAAGGUCUAACUUGGAAAAGGAGGAGGAAGUGCUAUUGUGGUGCAUGAGUGUGUGGGGAGGGACAUGGAUUCUGAGGAAAGCGGGAGAGGCUUUGAUGGGGAACAGAAGCACAGACAAAUACCUUUAUUUAUAUAUUUAUCUAGAGGAGGAUCCUCAAACUUGGCUGUACAUAAUAAUUACUUGAUAUUUUAAAAUUCCCAAUUAUAUCAAAAUUGCUUGGAGUAGGAACCAGACAUCAGUAUUUUUGAAAGCACCCAGUGUGGUUCCAGUGUCCAGCCACAGUUGCUAACUACUAGAUUAUGACCAGCGUUAUGACCAUCGAAGGAAGACAUGUUUGUCUUCCUUUUCCAGUGUCCCAGCCUUCCAGUGUCUGGGAAAGCAGAUGUAAGAGAUACAAUAUUAACUGGAUUGAUACUUUUUCUGUGCCUCUCACAGAAUAAAAGUAUGUGUGAGUUUCUGACUAGGCAGUGCCCCAUUACCUCUUAAUAAUUCUAUGAUAUUCUCAUAUGUGACUUGCCCAUAAAUUAUUUCACUUCAAACAUACCAAGUUUUUGAUUGUCUUCUACAUGUGACAAAACAAGAUACCAGAAAUAUCACGGUAAAUUAAACAGCAUGUGAAGCUAAAUGGAAAACUGAUUCUCAAUGUUUGGACAAUAGAAGUUCUCAAAGUAAUCAUUACUAAAUCGGGUCCAAAUUUAUUAUUCAUUCUUCUUUUGGAGGAGACAUGGGUACCAGGUACCUGUUCUGCUAUAGGUAUAUUUUAUUGGACUUGAUUUAAACAAAAAGGGAAAACAAUUCUUCCUUCUUGAUUGUUGUCUCAAUCAAAAGCUCCCAGGCCACUUAGAUUUAUUUUCUUGGUUAUUAUGUAUUUAAAUGGAAAAGAAUGCCUGUAAUUUACUAUCUGACCUCCAGUGGCCUCAAAAGCACUUAUACAUUCAAAAAGGAGAGCCCAACCUAUCAAGGGCAGUAACACAUAGUGAGAAAAAAUUGCGAGUCAUCUCCUCUGACACUGCUUCUCCUCUGGUUUGGGCCCACCCUUCUCACCUGCAAAGCCAGAAAAUAAACUUGGUGGUGGUUUUGGACAAUUGUACACAGGAUCAAAAUCUCUAAUAACCUAUAAUUUUUAGUACUUAAUUAUGUGAUGUUUUAUUCUAGGAAAUAAGAAACAGAUGACACCAUUGAUGUAUCUUUCAUCUUCAGAAUUUUUGCAUCUUUUCAGAAAAUGACAAAUUACUAUUUUUCUGUUGCACUCAGCAAUUGUGACUAUACUUAAAAUUCUUGUAGUCUGUAGAGAUAUCAAUAAAAUUGUAUAUGUUUGUACAUAGAUGCUCUCUUAUGUCAUGAUGUCAUGCACUACUAGUGAUUUUUGCCAAGAUUAAAUAUAGGCAAAGGUAAGACAUUUGCAAACACUGAACUAUGGUUUUGCAAAGUAUAAAUGUUUUUAAAAGGCAGGGAGUGAGUACAAGAGCAUAUUUAUUUGAACUGAAAAAGAGAAAGAAAAAAAAAACUAAACCCAGGUCCCCAAACCUUAUAGAUUUUAAUAGAAUUUAUUAAUCCAAAAGUCUAAAAAUAGCCAUUCAAAUUUUGUAUCAAAUUAGAUGUUAACUCUUUGCUGGGAAACUUAAAAAGAGGAUUUUGAAUAAGUUUCAUCUCUGGUGAGAUACAAGUGAAAAUAAAUUUAGUAUUAGUACAGCAUAAGAAACAAAGGUAAAGUAAGAAAUACUUACAUACUCAACAUGCAGACCUUUAACUUCCUGGCUGCUUUUCUGCUCCAACAGGAAAACAAAACAAAAAAACAAAACAAAA